CCUAGGUACCCGUAAUCAUUAUAUAAAUCAUGAGUUUUAUAUUGUGUUCUUCUAACAUUCGGAAGAUUUUAUCCUGUACAAGCGUAAAAACUAUUGUUUCUCUAAAGAUGGGCGCUUGUUCUAAAGAUGUAACUAAGAUAAAAUUGAACAAUGGUGAUGAAAUGCCGGCUAUUGCUCUUGGCACUUAUCUGGGUUUUGAUGAGAACGGUGUGGUCCAGUCCCGGGACCACCUUCUCCGUGACGUCAUCUUGAAAGCCAUAGACCAAGGGUACCGUCACUUCGACACAGCAUCCAUUUAUGAGACUGAGGGUGAAAUCGGUGAAGCAAUUAAUAUGAAGAUAGAUGAAGGUGUGGUGAAGAGAGUGGACGUUUUUAUUACUACAAAGCUAUGGAACACGAAUCAUGAGAGAGAUCAAGUAACGGUGUCUUUGAGAAAAACAUUGUUAAAGAUGGGAUUGGAUUAUGUCGAUCUGUUCUUGAUGCAUUGGCCUAUGGGACUUAAUGAUGACUACACAUACUCUGAUGUGGACUACCUCGACACCUGGCGUGGCUUGGAAGACGCACAACGGCUGGGCCUGACCAGGUCUAUAGGUGUCUCCAACUUUAAUAGGGAACAGAUUGACAGAAUAUUACAGGAGUGCAGUGUUAGGCCUGCCGCUUUGCAAAUUGAGGUCCACCCUCAAAUAACUCAACAAGAUUUAGUGGAAUACGCUCAAAAUCAAGGCUUGGUAGUAAUGGGAUAUUCCCCGUUCGGCUCGUUGGUUAAACGCCACGGCUUGGAAAUGUCUGGGCCAAGAAUCGACGAUCCCAUAUUGACGAGUAUCGCGAAAAAGUACUCGAAAACAACGCCGCAAGUUGUUUUAAGAUGGCUGGUUGACAGGAACAUAGUGCCAGUAGCAAAAACUGUAAACAGUACGCGACUAAAGGAAAACAUAGACAUCUUCGAUUUCAAACUAACUCAAGACGAGAUUUUGAAAAUUAACAAUUUUAACGAGUUCAAAAGAUAUACAUUGCCAUCGUUUUGGCAAAACCACCAGUAUUACCCGUUCGAAAAGGUCGACAAUCCUUUGCCUAAUCCCUUUGUUAAAAAUUAAUAAAUAAGUAUCUAGUCGAUAUUAAUUUUAAACUAGUAAUACCUAUUCAUUUUCGAAACAAAAACUGAAGUGAGUACACAUUAUUUACGCUAACGAUCAACAUAAUAUUAUGAAGAUGAUAUUUAAAUUUUAAUAAUUCUAGCUAUGUUCCAUGCGAUCCAAUUGAGAAAAUAUGUCAUAAAAAAAAUACUCGGAAAACAUUUUCGCAUAUCAAUGACGGUUUAUUUUAUUUUAAGUACUCGAUUGUUACAUAAAAUUGAAAUAAAACGUUAUUGCUUAUUGUAGACUAUUAUCUGGUAACUUUUAAUUAACAAUUAUUAUUGUGAUAAAAUAUGGCGCUUACUCGUUCCUAUUCUUAAUUGGAUCGCAAAGAACUCCUAGUCCUAUGAUAGGACCAAAGAAUACCUAUAAUGUUGAUAGGACUCUUAUGAGCUACACGAAUAACAAACAAAAGUGAAAAGUUAUUUAUUUUCAAUAACUUACUAAAGUUUUUGUUUGGAAACAUCUCAAAGUAUUCAUAAUUGGAAAAAAUAGAAACACUAAUUACAUUCCCAUAUUUGUACGGUUAAGUUGAAAAAAUAGAUAUAAUAAAAAAUAUAAAGGCAAAAUAAGACUUUUCACUUAAAUUUAAAAUUGGUACCUAAGUAUUUCAAUAUUAAGUGUAAUGGGCAUUUCGAUUCCCCUACUUCUUGAGUACGUUUUUCAAUGAUUUAACUUAGACAACUUUAUAGAACGGGUAGGUAGCGUUAAAAUAUUCAAGGCUAUUGUUGAAUGAUAUUUUUCAUUGAUGAAUAAGAAAUAUACGAAUUUAUUCGUAAUAAAACCUUACGAUACCUAAUAAACUGU